AUGGAGCCUGAAGAACGUGAGAUCAGUCCAUUUAUGGUUGCCUUUGUCAUGACAAUGGUUGAAAUCCGGCUACAUGAGCUGCUGACCGGCAGCAAUACAACUAUCGAGCUCAAGGGAACAACGUGGGUCGAACCAUACCGUCGCCACAUGGACAGCCUUUUCGAGAUGCUUCGUUCGAAACCAGUGUUGUAUCACAAACUCAUGCACAAGCUAUUUACGGAAGUGGGGGGAAGCCAAUAUGCCUCAGCUUCAUUGCAUGAUGAAGUUCUCGCAGAUCUUGACCUCGAAAUCAUGGAGGUCUGGACUACCACUGGUAAACCCCCACGAUUCCAUCGACAAUACACUCGAAGACAUCCCGAGGACUACGUCCCCGUUCCUUUAGACUCUUUCGCGGCGAACUCGACAUCAUCUGACACCAUUCUCCUUUCCGCGACCGCCGAGAUGGCCCCUCCUCCACCCCAGUCUCCAGCCACUCCAUUACUGGCUCCCCCGGUCUCGCACCUUCGCCCGUCGCUCGCUGAAUUGAGGGGUGAAAAGCAUCCCGACUCUGUCACGAGAACCAGUCUCUUCAUGCCUCACCCUAACGCGCCAAAGCCGACUGUCUUGUCGCAAGGCCCGAUGUACGUACCCUACUUCCCAUCUUCCACCGUCCGUUGCCGUGCUGCUGUAUGGUUCCCAAAGGCCAAGCGAGCCAGGCCAUCUGUCCGUGGCCGCCAAUUCGCGGUAUCCGCCAACGACAGGUACCCCUCUCCCACGUCACCCAGGCAGCGGGCUUGGCGGACUCUCGAGGGCGUUGCACAUGGCGAUGACGUCGAGAGGAAUCUUGGGCAGAGGCCCGACGUUAUUCGCUAG